UUCCAAUAUGAUUUAAGCUCAAAAACUAAGUUUCUAAAUUCUGUCUCUCAAAUGAUAAAUAAAAUAUGAUCGAUUUUUCAUUCCAGCAGUAUUUUUUAUUUUUAUUAGCCUGAUUUACAUGAUAAAAGACAAUAAUAUUAAUGAUGCAAUCUCAAUUGAACUUUUGCUUGUCAAUUUUAAGAUCUUCAUUUUAUCAGUUCUGAAGAACCACCAAAUAUCAAGGUUUAGCAAACCAUGAUUUUGAGAGUGACAAACCCAGUUUUGCCUUACAAUGAAACACUCAACAAAUCUGCUUUCUGGAGGAAACCAGUUUUUCUGGCUCCCAACCUCAAUUCCAUUCCAAAGCAACUUUGGAAAGGAAAAAAGAUUGCAACUUUUAAUAAAUUUGGAAACUCUGACAUGGCUGAUAACUUGAAGCAAACUGCUCUCUUAGUGAUUGACAUGCAGAAUGAUUUUAUACUUGAAGACGGAUUGAUGAGAGUUAAUGGAGGAAAAGCAAUUCUCCCAAAUGUGAUUAAGGCGGUUGAUAUCGCUAGGCAGCGUGGUAUCCUAGUAGUCUGGGUUGUCCGCGAGCAUGAUCCACUAGGAAGAGAUGUUGAGCUUUUUCGCCGGCAUUUUUACUCUGCUGGGAAAGUGCCUCCUGUGUCUAAGGGAAGCCCGGGUGCGGAACUGGUCGAUGGCCUUGUGAUCGAAGAAGGGGAUUAUAAGCUGGUGAAAACACGUUUCAGUGCAUUUUUUAACACCAAUCUUCAUUCAUUUCUUCAAACUGAGGGAAUUAAGAGUUUAGUGAUUGCUGGUGUUCAAACUCCAAAUUGUAUUAGGCAGACUGUCUUUGACGCAGUGGCGCUAGAUUACCAUGAUGUUCUCGUUAUUGUUGAUGCAACAGCCGCUGCCACACCUGAAAUACAUGCUGCCAAUGUUAUUGACAUGAAAAAUAUUGGAGUCGCUACCCCAACAUUACAGGAGUGGUGCGAGUCUGAUGCUUGAUCUGCCUGAUGAUUAGACAAGGUUCUGUUUGUCUUAUGGCCCUUGUAUCGAUUGCUAUCUAUCUCAAGCAUACAGCAGUAAUGUGCUUGAAUGGAUUAUCAAUAUCAUAGUUCAUGUGCUCUAACUGGUUCUGUCAUGUUGCUGCUAUACAUGCUUCAUUGGUGUAAUAAUCUAGUGAAGAACUUGGCUUAAUACAUAUGUAGACACCUAAACUUUUAAUGAUUUGUCACUUAAGACAUUUUAAUUUUUA